UAAAUUUAAACGUGCCUCAACCUUGGCCAGAAUGACAACCACAGAUUUAUCUUAUUCCUUAAUGUAUCCGAUGCGAAUUUUGUUGUUUCUGUCUAAAGAGAAUGAAGCCUGUGUUUGGUAUUCCCGGGUUGCUGGCGGAGGAGUAAAAUGAGCUCAAUUUAUUCAAUGGGCGCCGUACCCAAAUGGCUCUUCUCAUUCCCCACUUGGCAGCAUCCCCAAACUUUGGGAUAUAAUUCAAGAACAAAGGCCAUUUGCAGGCGGCGGUAUGAGAGUAUUCCGCCUUUGGAAGUGUUGUGCAGAGUGAGAUGGAGAAGAGGCCGAAGGCUAAAAGCAUCUAGAGCACAAAAAGAUCCAUCUACAAACACAGACACAUCCAUUGAAACUUCCGCAUUAAAUCAGAAAGAAACCAAAGAAAAUGUGGACAACUUAUACACUGGUUUUCUGCAAAAUAUCAGAAAUACAUUCAAGACAGACGAGCUAGGCUGGGAGAUUUCACUUCUUGUUUUUCCAGCAAUUGUUUCUUUGGCGGCUGAACCUAUUGCAUCUUUGGUGGACACUGCAUUCGUCGGCCAUAUAGGUCCAGUGGAGCUGGCUGCUGUUGGGGUUUCAAUUUCAAUCUUCAAUAUUGUAUCAAAAUUGUUUAACAUUCCUCUUCUGAAUGUGACUACUUCAUUUGUGGCGGAAGAAGCUUCAAGAGACUUUGGAGAGAAAGUAAUUAUCAAUCAGGCUUAUGACAGACAAAGUAAAAAUUACACUAGAGGUCACUGGAGCUUGGAAGAUAAGGACAAGCUUCAAGAAACAUUGGCUGAGGGAAAUAAUAGGUUGCAGUUACCUGCUGUCUCAACUGCAUUGGUUUUAGCAGCUGGCCUUGGUGUUGUAGAAGCAGUUGUCUUAACUCUUGGAGCAGGAUAUCUUUUAAAUUUCAUGGGAGUACCUGUGGAUUCACCAAUGCGUCUUCCAGCAGAGCAAUACCUUAGUUUAAGAGCCCUUGGUGCUCCAGGUACUGUGGUUUCUCUUGCAGUGCAAGGUGUCUUCCGUGGAUUCAAGGACACUAAGACACCUUUAUAUGCUACAGGAGCUGGAAAUAUUUUGAAUACAUUAUUGGAUCCCAUUGCUAUGUUUACUCUUGGCUUUGGCAUCAGCGGUGCAGCUGUUACUACUGCUUUAUCUGAGUAUUUUAUUGCCUUUAUGCUUCUGUGGAACUUGAAUAAGGAGAUGGAUCUUCUACCCUCAAAUAUGGAAGAGCUACGGUUUGAUCGUUACGUAAAAUCUGGUGGUCUUUUGCUUGGAAGGACUGUAGCCAUACUUGUUACCAUGACACUGGGAACAUCAAUGGCUGCUCGACAAGGUGCGAUAGCUAUGGCUGCUCAUCAGAUUUGCAUUCAAGUUUGGCUGGCAGUAUCUCUUCUUACAGACUCUCUAGCACUUGCUGGCCAGGCUCUUGUUGCCAGUGCAGUUGCCAAAAAGGACUACAAGAAAGCGAAAGUUGUUGCAUUUCGCAUCCUUAAGAUAGGACUGGGGUGUGGUCUUGCUUCAGCUCUGAUUCUGUUUGUAGGUUUCACACAUUUUUCAAAAUUAUUCACAAACGAUACAGCUGUCUUUGAAAUUAUGACUUCUGGAGUCCUGUUUGUUGCCGGUACUCAACCACUUAAUGCCCUUGCAUUUGUGUUUGAUGGACUUCAUUAUGGAGUAUCAGACUUCGCAUAUGCAACAUACUCAAUGAUAGUUGUUGGAACAAUAUCCUCUGUGUGGUUGGUGGUUGCACCAUCUUCUUUGGGUCUUGGUGGAGUCUGGAUAGGUUUGGGUCUUUUCAUGGGUUUACGCAUGGUAGCUGGAUUCUUGAGACUGGGUGCUAAAAGUGGCCCUUGGUAUUUCUUGAGACAAGAUAUGGAGGAAUCAGAUAUUUGAACUUGAAUAAUAGAUCUUCCCAAGUAAUUAUCUUGCCAAGUCAUUCAUCUUUGGAGCAGGUGUUGUACUAUCUGGUGUUUAUUACCAUGCAAAGAAGCUGCUAAUAGAGGUAGUUUUCUGCAACAGAAAUUAAAGAAAGACGAAAUCAAAGUCUGCAUGGUUAUAUCCUAUACCUCUGAAGCAAUAUAUCCAAAAUUUUCUUAUGUAGCUAUCUAGUUGUAGAAAUUCAAUCAAAUAUUGGUGCUGAAUGAUGUAUGAGAAGUAUGGUACUCUCAAGCACACUGAGGUUGAGAAGUACAUGACUGUACAGUUGAUUAACUUUGCUUGUACUAGGUUUGCCUCCUCUGUGGCAAGCUUAGUGCACGUGGGGAUUUUAACUUAGAAUUAAUAAAGUUCAAACUGAACACAUGUAGACAAAGGGUAAUUUGUAAAGACAAAUGACACAGAGCAGGUCAAUCAUUUUUGGUUAUUUCUCUGGGUGAUAGACUGUUAGAAUACAUUUAAUUUGCAUUAUCAAUCCACAGCAUUAUUAGUUUGAAAUAUGUUAACAAUACAACUCUAUCUGUGAAUGAAUAAAAUCAUGCACGUCUAGCUCACAAAGAAUGAGGCAAGGAAUUGGCAGUGCAGCCAUUGCUGUACUUAUUAAAAUCAUCAUCAG